AUGAAUUUGUGUAAAUCAGGAAUCAGUGCGCGGACUAAGUCUUUGCGGGAGAAGUUCAGUCGGAAUCGGAGUUAUUCGGAGCUAUCGUUCAAAGACUCGUCCGCAUCGUCCACACCGACCGGAGAGGCGCCGCCCUUCAGAUACACCACCAGACACUCCCGCAGCUAUGUUCCUAUGCUUCCCGAACAGGGUCGUCAGAAUAGCGCGGAUGCCAUACGAGUGACGAGUAUUCCGGGCGAACAGAUCUCCAACUCAUACAACAUAUUACCCGAAGAGGCCUAUUGUAGUGCA